GUACGCUCCCGUAUUUCCAGAUACAGUUAUGGAUACUUCUUAGACAAGCCGUUCCAUGAGGGGACCCAUCAUUUCGAGGACAGGUUCCAUGAUAUCACGAACAAUUGUACCAUGGCCAAAGACCAGAUAGAAUGGGUCUUAAAACGGGGAGAUAUUAUUGAAACGCAAGGCAAAAUGGUGUUGCAAUAUUACCGACGCUUUAAUAUUCAGAUCCGAGGAGUCCAAACUAUCUACGAGACAAUCUACCAAUCAAGAAAUGCCCAACCUUCGGCUAGAAUGGUAGACCUCUUGAAGGAGGAAGAUUUCGAGAUAGCGAAACAAGUUAUGAUACAAACGCCAUGCGCAGUUGAGCAUCUACCUAGGGUCAAGGAGGGAGGGGUAGACUGGUUCCUCUUCGUUUAUGGCCUUGAGGUCGAAGUGGUUGGUGCAUCGGUUUUGUUCUCUGCUAGGUAACUUGUGUUUUCUUGAGCUCUCGAUAGUAAUGC